AUGAAUAAAAUAGCUAUCAGUUUUGCUAUUGUCAUAUUUUCCAUCUAUCUUUUGCUAUGUCCAUAUAACAAAGUCGAGGAAUCAUUUAACAUUCAAGCCACUCAUGACAUUAUAUUUCACCGACUUAACGUCUCGCAGUUCGACCAUCUUACAUUUUCCGGACCAGUUCCGCGUACGUUCGCGGGCCCGUUGGCACUAGCUCUGCCAAGUCUUAUAUUCUCUUAUUUUGUACCCAAAUCUAUAUUGCAAUUUAUGGGUGGGUUCAUUUUGCUUCGGAAUAACUCCCCAUUAGUUAGGUUUAUCCUUGGGCUAGUAUUUCUUCAUGCAUCAAUUAGCCUGGGUUCUGUGUUUAAAGAUAAGCUGCGUCCGGAAUUUACAGCCCGGUUUCUACUUAUAACAUUCACUCAAUUUCAUCUGCCCUUUUAUUCGACGAGGACAUUGCCGAACACAUUUGCUUUAAUCACCGUGAUAUAUGCCCUGACCUUCCUGUUAAAGGGUUCUGAUCAUCGUUUUAUUAUCCUUUCUGGACUCGGAAUUCUUAUUUUUCGAAGUGAGUUAAUGUUAUUCUACGGACCUCUUCUUUUAUUUGGACUUUAUUUCAAUCUGGUCAAGAUACGUCCAACACUAAUAGUAACGGGAAUCAUUACCGUUCUCGCCUCUCUAUGUUUUACCGUUGGUGUCGACUCCUUCUUUUGGCGACGCUGGGUUUGGCCCGAGGGGGAAGUUUUCUACUUCAACGCCAUUGAAAACAAAAGCCACCUCUGGGGUGCUCUAAUGACAACGUUUGGGUUAAUUUUGUGCGCAAAUUUUGUAUUCCCUCUCUGCUCCUCGUCCUUUGAUCCAAUCAGUCGUGAGGGGCGAACUUUCUUCGCACUUGAGCUGGUCGCAUUGAUCUUCAUUUCAAUCUACUCAUUUCUUCCUCACAAGGAGCUUCGAUUCAUCUUUUACGCUCUACCGAUUUUCAAUCUUCUGGCAACUUACUUUUGGAUUUUCGUAGGAAAGUCUCCCACUAGCAAGUACUCACGGUUUAUUUCCCCGGCUGUGGGACGGAUUUGCCGUUUUACCGUCUUUCUCUUCUACGCCAGUCUAGUCUUCAAUUUUUGCAUCUCCCUUGGUCUUGUCUAUGUCUCGUACUUCAAUUACCCUGAUAUCCACGUAUACAUUAGCAAUUUGGCAGCUCAAACUGGGGUCAAUCGCUUUCAGGAGGUUCAUUCAAAUUGGAUCUACAAUAAGACAGAAGGAAUUGACGACAGUGCUAGAACUCUGCUAAAUGGACCUUUUACACACUUCAUAUUGGAAGCUUCAAAGGACCGCCUUGAGGAAUAUUCGGUGCGGUUUCGACGUCUCUUCACUGUGGAAUCGUUUUCUGGUCUCAACUUCAAUUUGAAAGAAGCCUUGUGGAGUAAAGGUGGGAUUCACAUGAGUCCUGCUUUGGUAGUGUACGAAAGAAUCGACGGGGCUUAG